AUGAAUGAUAAUGAAGAAUUUUUUGACGAGUGCCUUAGAGAGCAUAAUAGAUAUAGAAAGUUACAUGGAGUUGAGCCUCUUCGCCACAGCAUAGCACUUGACAAAACAGCCCAAGAAUGGGCUGAAACUCUCCUUCAAAAAGAAACAGUAACUAAUAGCCCCCUAUCCAAUAAAGGAGAAAUCGGUGAAAGUAUAAGCAAACGAAUUAGUACCUCUAAUAAUGCUGAUAUAUCCGCUAUUGCUCUUAUCUCGCAAUGGUAUAAUGACAUUCAUAGUUAUGACUUUGAUUCCGGUGCUGGUCCAGCAGGAAAUUUUACGCAGAUGGUUUGGGCGGCCACGCGAGAAGUUGGUUUCGGGAAAGCUCGAGGCAACGGUCAGUAUGUGGUAGUGGCCCACUAUAGACCUCCUGGAAACGUUCGAGGUCGAUAUAAAAACAAUGUAUUUCGCGCCAUUACAUCUAAAGAUGAUGAAGUUGCUAACACCAACUCUAACAACGUGAUAAAAAGAACUGUGACAAAAGAAAAACGUCUUGAUGCACAGGGUAAAGAACGAACUGUAGUCCGAGAAGUAAUUGAUACUACCGAUGCCAGCGGAAAUAUUCAUCGUCGAGUGAUGGAGAGCUUUGAUGAUGACAAUACGGCCACCCAGCAAAAUGGCAUCCCUUUGACCUCUAAACAAGUUAUCCCACCUGUGAGUCAACGAAAAUAUUAUCAUAAUAUUAGCUCUGUAUUCUGGUAA